GAAGAUACAAAAGCUCCAUUGCUUGCUGUGAGGAUGCGGUCCUCUGAUGUUGGGAGGGAGGGACGAGAGAGAGAGAUAGAGAGAAGGGAGAGAGCGCGAGUUGGUGAGCGGGUGACUGAGAGUGUUCGUUGGUGCUGUUGCCAAAGACCCAAGCUAUCUAGCGAGCAAAGUCAUGUGAGUGAGCGAGCAAGGAAAAGAGCCAGAGAGUAGUACGGUACAUUUUACGCUUAAACUGUCAGAAGCACUGACUGCUAUCUCCUUAACGUAGAAGCCUCAGUUGCAGACCAAUGUCAACCUUUUGAGCAGACUGAGCAGACAGCAGGAGGCACGUCGGCCGAGCUCGAGCUCGAGCUUGAGAGACAAGUGGAACUGAAGAGAGUGCGAUUGCGAGUGUGAGAGCUGACAGGAUGUCCUCUCAAAGGUACAAUGAAGUUUAAGCUUCCCAAAAGGACCGAGAUGGGGUGUCAUGUGAUGGCAGUUGAGACAGGACGGGACGGUUGUAGCUGCUCAUCGCCUGCAGGCGAAUGCCCAGUAUAGAUCUCCGCCCGGCAGCUCAAUCAUUCUGCAUUCUGCAUUCGGCAUUCGAAUGUUGAGUCGGCCUCUGUUAUUCUUGUUGCUCCUGCUGUAGCUGCUGGUGAAUUGAGCAGUGCCCUUCGCAUUAAUGGAGUACAUGUGUGGAGUAGAAGAAGCUCGUCUGUUCCGGCUGAAGUCAACCGGACAGUAGUCAGGGAGUGAGCCAGCCCAGAGGAAGGGACAAAGGAAGUAACGCACCGUCACAUCUCCUCCACUUUGCAUGAAAUCUUCACGGCAGUUCGAAGUCAAUAGUCGGGUAGUGACGGAAGCUUGUGGAGUACUCCUCGGCACCAUUCGAAUCUGAGCGAUCAAUUUGCCAUGGAGUGAAGGAGGUGUCUCUGCUGGGAUGCUGACUGGUGUUCCUCGUCACACUGAGUUUACUUAGAUCAUACGCUUCUUCCGAUAGAGUUCACUACCUGACUGCUACUUGUUGCUUCUUCGGUCGGGAAUCUGUAAGCGAUUUAACAGCGUGUGACAGCGAUUCAGUCUUGUUUGGUGCCAUGAAUGAGCCGAGAAGAGCUUGUGCGGCCUAUGUGGUGUCUCUUUCCCGUCGUCCUCCUGGUGGAGAGCAAAUGUGGGAUUCAGCUGCUGCUUCCUCUUCGCUGUUGUGGGAAACUUCGCUGGCCGACAGCGGUACUGAUCGAAUUGACGUGUUGGCCAAGCACGCGGAGGUGCAGAGAGCAAUAUCAUGAAGGAGACGAGAGUGCCACCAUUUCUCGAUCCAAGACAAUUGCAGCGGAGAGUAAGGAGGAGAAGGAGAAGAAGGCUCGAGCUCGAGCUAGCCUGAUAGCUUGCUUACUUACCUGAUCUCGGAAUUUUCAUACACUGACUGCAAUUGUCGAUAGGCACAAUCGAUUACCCCGAGUUCCCAGAUUCAUUCUCACCCUCCCCUCACCCUCCUUUGUAAAAUUCCAUCAACUCUGAAAUUCGAGAGCAGAUCACCAUGUCCAUUUCCUUUUUCGCGAUUCUUAGCAUUUUACUAAUAUGCUCCCAGCUCGUUCUGGGAAUUAUCCAACAACCCACUCAUGAACUUGCACCAGCUUCAGCUAUCAAGUCAAAGGCGAAAUUGAGAGCACUGCUCGAAGAUCGACAUCGACAUGGAUAUCCGAUCGAGCAUUCACGCGAAGAGAAUGCCAAGAGCUCGAGCUCGAGCUCGGGCUUGGUUUUCGACGUAAUCCAUAGGCAGCACCCGAGCUCUCCAUACAGGCAGGCCAGCAAGUCACACGAGGAGGUGAUGCAAGAGCACGUCAGGAGAGGGAUGCUGCGCCUGGAUUCGUUGCAGAAGUCCACAUUCGCGGAGAGGACGAGUAACACCAUGCCCCUGACGCGCGAGGGUCCUUCCGCACUGCAGGAGAAGGUCAUAGCUCCGGCGGGCGAGUGGCAAGGGGAGUAUUUAGUGCAGAUGCAAAUCGGAACGCCGGCCCGACCCAUACUGCUCAUAAUCGACACGGGCAGCGGGCUCACGUGGAUCCAGUGCGCGCCCUGCACGCAGUGCUUCGCGCAGCAGGAGCCGAUCUUCGAUCCGGCCCGAUCCACCUCGUACGCGAGAGUCAAUUGCUCGCACCCGGCCUGCGGCGCCAGCUCGCUGUUCCAAUGCGCCGAGACGCACAACCGGACCUGCGAGUAUGGAGUGCAGUAUGGCUCGUCGAGCUUCAGCACGGGCGUCGUGUCCACUGACACUCUGACCGUGGACUCGCUGUCCGGCACCGCGCUGCGCCUCCACAGCUUCCUGUUCGGCUGCGGCAUUUUCAAUCAGGGCCAGAUGGUGGGCAGCUCGGGCCUGCUCGGCCUCUCGCGCAGCGCCAUCGCCGUGCCCAUGCAGCUCGCCGGCGCCGGCCUCAAUUUCUCGCGCAAAUUCACGCACUGCUUCGCCGACCUCGCCGCGAACCGCAACGCCACCAGCUUCAUGUACUUGGGCGACGCCCGGGCGCACCAACUGCAGUACACGCCGUUCGCGGUGCCGCCGUUCCGCACGCAGUUCUACUACGUCGGCCUGCAGGGCAUCAGCGUCGACGGGCGCCGGCUGCGCAUCCCGGCGUCCGCCUUCGCGUUCUCGGUCGACGGCACCGGCGGCACCGUCAUCGACUCCGGCACCACGUUGACGCUGCUGGUGCGCCCGGCCUACGCCGCGCUGCGGGCCGCCUUCAGGGCAGCAGCCGCGCGCAAGCACCGCCUCCACGCCAGCGCCGUGCGCGGGGGCUUCAACAGCACCGUCACCAGCCACGUCAUCGACACAUGUUACCGCAUCCCCGCCGAGGAGUUCCGGCCGUCGCGAGUUCCCGCCGUCGCCCUGCACUUCGCCGGUGGCGUCGACCUGCGCCUGCCCCCGAACAACGUGCUCUUCCCGUUCGACGACCACGGCCUCUUCUGCCUCGCCUUCACGGGCACCGCGUCCGACGUCGGCAUCAACGUGAUCGGCAACAUUCAGCAGCAGAACUUCCGAAUCGAGUACGACCUCGAGAAUUCCCGCAUCGGAUUCGGCCGCGCUUACUGCGCCGAGGAUCGAUAGCCUCUGCGCCUGCUGCUCCUCCGCUUCCUUACGAGCUCGAGAUUCUCUUUGUGAUCAAUUCUGCAUUAUAUUCGAGUGCGAAUUAUAUCGAUACAGAUUUUCGUCGUACUGACAGGAUUGCGCUGGCUCGUGGCCGGGGCCUGGCUCGCGGUGGAUGAUUUCCAGCGCCGAAAAGUCUCACGAUCCGCACACGAUGCGCUGCGAGCCAGAUCCCGAUCCCAAUUAUCCACCACUGUUCAAGCCACGUCCACUCGCGAUCGAGUCGUCUGGACUCAGGUCGAGCGAUGCAGUCGAGAAAAAGCCCAUUUGACUACCUGACUAUGUAAAUAGACAGAUAGCUAGCUAGCUUAGAGUAGAUAGCCACACUUAGCUGGUCAUCGGAUUUAAUGUUGAUCUAUGUCGAUCGAUCGAUCGAUCGAUCGAAGUCCAGCGAUUCUCCUCCCAGAGCUUCUUCCUUCUCCACGGCAGCACGCUUUUCCUAUCGAUGACGAGGGCCUGGGAGGCCGAUUUGAUGACACUAAUUUCAAACUACAUUAUUCAUUCAUUUUCACGGCACGAGUAGGAGUAGCUGUAGGGCCAUCCGUAUGUAUGAACAGACAGCUCUGUCGUCAGCAUAAUUUGCAAUUGUACACUGUCCGAAUACAUGAAGUCUGGCCAAGCCCAGUGAGUCCAGUCC